UGGAAUCAUUGAGCUUUAAGCAAAAGAAGUACGAAUGAGGUGGACAGCAGUACCUUUGCCUUCAUUUUUCAGUUCCCAAAUUAUUCUGUCUGUGACUUUUGUAUUGAAUAAGCUCUGUAUUCCUUGAAACCCACUUUGCUUCGAGGGCCAGAAAUCUGCUUCCCUUUCUCUUUCGGCCACAGUUGGGUUGUUCAGCACAGGCGUGGGUAAAAGCCAAAAGAAGCUGCCGACUUCCAUACGGAUCUAAGCAUAUCUCAAAUCGGGAUUUAGCAUUACCAUCAAUCACUUCAAUUUUCCUCAUAUAAUGUGAAGCAGCGAAGAAUUUUGACAGAAGAACUGAAAAAAGGCCAUGGCAAUGCCAGUUGAACAGCAACCUGCAUUGGUGUAUGAAAAUGCAGCUUCCAGUCAAGGCAGCGGAUCUCAUUCAAAUGGGUCUGUUGGCCCUGUUUUGGCAGUUCUGUCAGUCAUAACCAUCUUGGGAGUUCUGGCCUGUGUGGCGGGCAGAAUCUGUGCAGCGCGUUUGUUGAGUGCCAAUAGCAAAUAUGACUGUGUUGGGUGGAUGGAAAAAACUUGUUCUGCUUGCCUCGAUGGAGAUCUACACGCAGAUGAAGAAAUUCCAGUUGCCAAGCCUGCUUGAGAUGAUUGCCUUCCUUGUGGAAUGCAAAAGUAGAGAAAUGUUGGGAGAUUUGCAGAAUAAGUUCUUGUAAUUGUACAUUUUUUUUCAUGCUUCUCAAGGAUUUGCCUUCCAAAUUGAUUUCUUGAAUUCCAUGUAAACAUAAUUCUAUGCAAAAUAACUAAAAGUAUUGAAUUUCUC